AUGGGGGGAUUUCCUAGUUCAUUCGGCCAGAAGUCUUACGCCGACGGUUGGACGAUUGCUUUGGUCGGAGCUAAUGGCAGCGGGAAAAGUGCGACGGGGAAUAGCAUCCUCGGCAGAAAUGCCUUCCGAUCAAGAGCCCGUCUACCUGGUACUACUCUUGUAACCAGUGUCUGCGACUUGCACACCACCGUCCUUGAGAAUGGUCAGGCUCUCCACGUCAUCGAUACUCCUGGUACGUGCGCGUGUUAUGCCACUUAUAAUCUCACGCAGAUGGACAUUGCCCGAUUCAUCAAUACGACGACGGGUGGGGUCAACGCCGUCGUCCUUGUUGUCUCUGUGAGGAACAACUACACGGAGGACGAAAAGGCUGCAUUUGGUAGCUUCUACUAUGCGUUCGGAAGGAAGAUAAGCGACUGCGUGAUUCUGGUGUUCACCUGCGGCGAUGAACUCGAACACCGGAAUCGAUCUCUAGACUAUUACUUGUCUCGGGAUUGUCCACAGCCUCUAAAGGAUAUCGUCAAACUUUACGGGCACCGGAAAGUGUUGUUUGACAACGAGACCCAAGACAAAGGUAAGAGAGAUAUACAGGUGAGACGGCUGAUCGCCCUUGUACACUGUGUCGUGACGCAGAAUGGGGGAAACCCAUACAAACUAUGCUACCCGGACCAACUUCUGGAUGAGACAGAGCGGUCGGUGGUGCUCGAUCAACUUAUUCGUGAUCUUUAUAGCAACCUUUACCCUCGUGGGUGCCGGAAUUCGGAGAACAUGGCUGCAGGGAAACUCUGGGGGAAUCUGCAGCAACCGGCCGUUUCUGAAUUUACCAACUUGGAGGAUCAGAUCAGGCGGUCAGUCGUGUGUCGGGAGCCGAAUAGUGUGGUGCGGUUAGCCGUGAAGAAGACGACGUCAAGAGACAAGUUCGCCGAUCACCUUCACGGCCAUCAUCGCCGGCAAGAGUCUACUAGCCGCCGUUGCUCGAUCACCAUGCAUGCAUGCGUCAGGAGUACUGGUGGUUGGGCCCUACUUGUUGUCGCCGUCUCCCUGUUCUUGAUUGCAGCAGCAACAAUGAUACUCCUCGGCGCCGUUGGCCCUGCGGAUGAUGAUCAGGUUGAUUCAAUGAGCAGUAGUACUAGACUUCCAUUUCCUGGUGGCACUACUACACUAUUGUGCUCAUCUUUCUCCGUGCUCGGGUUCCUUGCGCGGUGGUUGAUGGCUUGAUCAAAAUAAUGCUUAUGCAAUCAGUUAAAGAGCCAUAGACGACAGAAUGAUGAAAAAUAAUGCU